AUGGAUCUGACAGCAGAACGCCACAGUGUCCCUCUCAGUGACGGGAACCAUAUCCCACUGCUGGGAUUGGGCACCUAUGGAGACCCUCGAACGACACCCAGAGGCACAGCACUUGAGUGUGUCAAGCUGGCCAUAGACGUGGGUUACAGGCACUUCGAUGGAGCAUUGGUGUAUUUCAAUGAGCAUGAAGUUGGUCAAGCCAUUAGAGAGAAGAUUGCUGAUGGAACCGUUCAAAGAAAGGACAUAUUUUACUGCGGGAAGCUCUGGAAUACAUUUCAUCCACCAGAGUUGGUGAGACCAGCUUUGGAGAGGACACUGAAAGCCUUAAAACUAGACUAUGUGGAUCUCUACAUUGUUGAACUCCCUAUGGCCUUCAAGCCUGGAAAAGAGUUCUAUCCAGAAGACCGGGAUGGAAAACACAUCUACCACCACACAGACCUCUGUGCAACAUGGGAGGCUUUAGAGGCUUGCAAAGACGCAGGGCUGGUGAAAUCUCUGGGAGUCUCCAACUUCAACCGCAGACAGCUGGAGCUGCUGCUCAACAAACCUGGCCUCAAACACAGACCUGUAUCAAACCAGGUUGAAUGCCAUCCAUAUUUCACACAGCCCAAGCUUCUGGAGUACUGUCGUCAGAAUGACAUAGUGAUUGUUGGCUACUGCCCAAUUGGCUCCUCCAGAGAUGCCUCCUGGGUGAAUGUGAAAUGUCCUCCUCUGCUGGAGGACGAGCUGCUUGUAUCCAUUGGGAAAAAAUACAAGAAGAGCACGGCUCAGGUGGCUCUGCGCUUCAACGCCCAGAGAGGAGUGGUCGUGAUCCCCAAGAGCUUCAGCCCCGAGAGGAUCAAACACAACUUCCAGAUAUUUGACUUUUCACUCACUGCGGAGGAAAUGAAAGCCAUUGAGGCGCUGAACAAAAAUAUCCGCUUUGUGGAGCUGCUGAUGUGGAGCGACCAUCCAGAGUACCCAUUUCAUGAUGAUUAUUAA